GACAUUUACUACCGCAAGGCCAAGGAGGAAGGCUGGCGGGCCCGCAGCGCGUUCAAGCUGCUGCAGAUCGACGAGGAGUUCGACAUCCUCAACGGUGUGUCUAGAGUGGUGGAUCUCUGUGCCGCUCCAGGCAGCUGGUCGCAGGUGCUGAGUCGCCGUGUGUACCUUCCAGCAAAGAAGGGUGCAGAGGAAGCAGCCACUGCAACACGAGCAUCAGCGGCAGCACAAUCCCCUUCACUGCUCCCACCUCUAGCACCAGCAGCAACAGCAACAUCGGCAACAGCAGCACCAGGGGAGGAGGAUACAGCAGCACAGGAGCAACAGCAGAGCGGUUCGGGUUUUGGCCGGGAUGGUGAAAGGGGCACAGGGGGCGGUGGGGAAUCAGGGAGUGAAGGAACAGAGAAUGCGAAUGCAGAAGCGGAGGUGAUGACAGGGACAGAAGGAGCCAGUGCAGGAGCAGCAGCAGCGGAGCUACCUUUAAUCGUGGCCAUUGAUCUGCAACCAAUGGCUCCGAUCGAAGGCGUGAUUCAGAUUCAGGGGGACAUCACGAGUGCCGCCACCGCUCAGUUGGUCAUAGAUCACUUCAAGGGCCGUCAAGCGGAUCUUAUCAUAUGCGAUGGAGCUCCUGAUGUCACCGGUCUCCAUGACUUAGAUGAGUUCGUGCAAGCACAGCUCAUCCUCGCUGCGCUAGUAAUAGUGACGCACACGCUGAGGCCGGGGGGUUCGUUUGUGGCGAAGAUAUUCCGGGGCAAGGACAUAAGCCUGCUCUACUGCCAGCUGCGUGUCUUCUUCCACCAUGUCACCUGCGCCAAGCCCAAGUCCAGCCGCAACUCCUCCAUCGAGGCCUUUGUGGUGUGUCGGGGGUACCACCCACCAGAAGGAUUCCACCCGUCGCGGCUGAGGGAAGUGUUGCAUGGCACUGCCGCCACCGCUGCCGGGAAAGCAGCUGCCCUUGGCUCAGACUGUCUGUCUGCAGGACUGGACGGCCCAGAUCGGCUGUUUGUGCCCUUCCUAGCAUGCGGCGAUCUCUCAGGUUACGACGCCGACCAGUCGUACCCACUCAACCUCCCCUCUGCAAACUCACACCCUCAGUCUCACUCCGACUCGCACGCACAGACAGACAGUGCAGUGCCAUACCGGCCUCUAGCACCAGUGCAGCCACCCAUAGCGCCAGCAUACAAGACAGCACUAGAGAGACAGAGGCAGGGAGCAAGGUGA